AUGGCUCAAACAAGAUUAUGGUCACUUGAAGAGGAGGCCAUUCUGCUUUAUUUUGUGUCACGAAAGAUAUGCCAUGAGGCUGUGGCAGAAUUGCUCCGGCGAAGAGGAUAUAGUCGAACCCCACCUGCAAUCAAUGCCAAGCUGACCGUAAUACGAGCAUUACAUCCAUACCUAAGUCCAAGCAUACGUGACUGGGAUCCUGGAGAGGUCAACCGAUACAUUGAUCUGAGAUUAGGCCAUGAUUAUGUAAAUGAAUUGGUCAAAUUCACUGUGGAGGACUCUGAAAUCGUUGUUAGAACUCCUCCAAGUUCAACACCGCUUAUUGACCGGACGCAUCGGGUGACCUGUUCGGCAUUACAUGGGGUAUUUGAUGAGGAAGAUGCCAGGUUACGCAUGGACAGAGGAAGAGACUGCGGUUGCACUGAUCAGAUUAUUGUAAACAAGUACCAAACCGGUCUCGAUUUGGCUAAAAUAUAUGCACUCCGGAGGGUAUUAAAAGAGGACCAUGUCAAGGUCAACUGCUUGAAGUGA